GUGACUGUAGACGACUCCCAGCUGUCUCACCUGACCAGAGACCGAGUCAAGAUCCCCCACAACCGCCGGCUGCCCACCAGAGGACACCUGCUGGCCGUGGCCUCCACCUCCUCCUCAGACGGGAUGCUGACUCUGGACCUGAUCCAGGAGGAGGAGUCUGAGCCUCCUCGCGGAGCAGACGGCUGUGAUGCCUUCAGGGUUGACUUGGACAAAUCUGUGUCCCACCUCAGCCCAGACUGUAUCCGAUCAAAAACUGAUGGCGCUCUCUCAGUGCGCUCCGCUGAGGCUUGUGGAAAAUCUCGGAGCCUUCCUCGGGAAGUGGCGGUGGUUUGGGAACAUACAGGCCCCGCCCACACCCCCCAGCCAGGAAAACGUCUGACGCCCGCUGAGAAGAACCGCUGCGCCUCUAUGGACGAGAUCCUGACACACUCAGAGAGUCGAGCCGUGAAAAACAAGAACCGCUCUCCGGUGGCGACGCUGAGCGGCACGCUGGCGCCUGUCAGCCGGCUGCAGGAUCUGAUCAGCCAGAAACUGGAGCAGACGGAGCGGCUGCUGACUGAGGUGCGAGGGGAGGGGGAAGGGGAGGCAGGGGAGCGAGGGAGGAUGAAGGGGAAGGAGAGGACUGAAGCAGAGCGACUCCUGAAGGAGGCGACGGCGGCCUGGAGUCAGGCCCGCGAGUUGCUGGAGGAGGUCAAGGAGCUGAGAGUGCUGUACCAACAACUGGACUCCUCCUCCCCCCUCCUCACCCCCACAAACAGCAACAAACUGAACCCAGAGAGAAAGAGCCCACAGUGAGCGGACCGGGUGAGACUCAGCUCCUGCUGACGGAUCAUCUUCUUUAAAAACUAACAAGUUGCAUUAAUAUGACUGAAGGCAGGUCCUUGAAAACAUUUCCAGGUUUUGAAAAGUCCUCAAAGUGUCUUUGUUGCUGAUCUGAAGUCUGUCGCCAAGACGAGCGAUCAGACCAAUCAGAAACCUCCAGUGUUUAAAAAUGAAGCUGAUGCUGAAGUGUAAAAUCCUGCAGUUCCUGGAGUGUCCACUAGAGGCUGGCUGCAG